GCUCCCCACCCAGCAACUGGAUAAGCCUAGCAGAUAACGAGUUCCCCGACUUCGCUCCCCUCUUUACGGGACUCUCCCCAAAAGAAGACUCCGACCGCUCGCACAUCGUAUGUGCUGCCGACUCGACGGCCAUGGCGACCCCCAACGCCGCGGGCUCAUCUCGGCAACCCCACGUGCCCAUCGAAAUAGACAACAGCGAGUCUCCAUCUAGCGGCUUAGACUCGACCGGCCGCGAUCAUGACCCGAUCCAACGUGUGGUGCAAAUGUGUCGAUGGCGGACCGCGCGCCACCACGACCAAGAGUGCUCUCGAUACUUCGACUGUCCUUCCCACGUAGUUGAACGGGCGCUGUCGGACACAGGACACAGGGCGGAAGUCGCGGAGGAAGAAGGUCAAGAACAAGAAAACGCGGAAGAUGAAGAUACCCAGAGCACCGUCUCGCCGCUCAGUGAAGAUGAUGAAGAGGAGGAUAGUGGUCGAAGCGCUCGAUCCCCUUCGCCAGAGGCCCAGACAUUGGCAACCGAAGUGACAAACGCCGCGACAGGAGCUCGUGGGACACCUGAAGUGCCAGGGACACAGCGAGAAGGUAUAACGGUGGGCUCAAACAGUGAAGUUGCGCCGUGGGACAACUUGCACCUUUCAAGACCAUUAGCGGGGAGAAGUGGGAGCGGGGAAAAUCAGAGCGAACUGCCUGUAUCCCGGGUUCCUGGACCUUUGCCGAGAAGCGAUGGGGCCGUUUCCGGAUCGCAGGCUACCAACACCUCCGCCUCCAGCCUCGCUUCCGUCACCAAUCCAUUGCCAAGGUCGCCCCCUACUCUGUCGACACCCGUGGAACGUACCCGCUCAGGGGUGGUGCUGCCACGGUGGCAGCCGGACUCGGAAACGACGUACUGUCCAAUCUGCGGCACUCAAUUCAGCAUUUUCGUGAGAAAACACCAUUGCCGCAAGUGCGGCCGGGUAGUCUGCAACUCGUGCUCGCCACACCGCAUCACGAUACCUCACCAGUAUAUUGUCCGGCCGCCGGGUGCCCCCCGGCCUCUCUCACAGGGGCCUUCCCUUUCCCUACUGGACAGCCAGGGGUGGUAUCCCGAGUUUGGUGGUGGUGAGAGAGUCCGGCUGUGCAACCCUUGUGUCCCCGACCCCAACACGGCGCCGCCCCAAGACCAAGGGCUCCAGGCCAGGUCACGGAAUGAGUUGAGCUCACCUGUGCGGACUGACAACUCACCCUCUCAUAUGUGGGGCUUCGGUUUCGGCGCAGGGUCUACGAAUGACACCCAAACGAGGACCCGGAGUGUUACCUUGCAACCCGGGCACACAUCAUCCGCCCGACCACAUAUCCCGCCACUCCAACGAAACGAAGCCCGCAUCCUCUGGGGGACACCACCAGCCUACUACCGGUCCUCCCCAACCUCGCAACCCCCCCAACCCUACCCCGGAACCAUCCCCCACCCCCGACCGCUGCUCGAUCUCGGCGGCAGACCAGGCCCCUCCACCGUCGCCGGGCCCUCCUCCUCCUCCAGCGCCGCCCGCCGCUUCCACUCGGUCGUGCCCCCGCGCCCGCAGAUCGCCGAGGAAGACGAGUGCCCCGUCUGCCACCGCGAGCUCCCGCCCCGCAGCCUCCCCAACUUCGAGGCCCUCCGCGAGGCCCACAUCACCAGCUGCAUCACCUCCCACAGCCGGUACGGCGCGCCCACCGCGCCGAGGAGGGGGCUUGGCGGUGAUGACGACGAUGACGACGACGACCCGGAUGCGCUGCCGGCUGCGCCGCCGCCGGUCCGCCGCACGGGCAUGUUCCCCUACGUGGCGACUGAGAAGGACUGUGUCGACUCGGCGGAGUGCUCUAUUUGUCUGGAGGAGUUUGAGGUUGGUGUGGCCAUGGCCAGGCUGGAGUGUCUGUGUCGCUUUCAUAGGGCGUGUAUCAAUGCCUGGUGGGAGAGGCAUCCGGGACGGUGUCCGAUGCAUCAGCAUGAUGGGUUGGGGUAUUAGUUGAGAGUAUUGUUUGUUAGGUAUGAACAUUUGUCUUGGCUCGGGUGGCGCAUAUAAGGGACUGGUAGCGUUGGGUUGGUUAGGGGUCGGAUUUGUGAGUGAUUUGUUUGGCGUUUUGGGGGAACGGGUGGGAUACAUUAUCAG